CCGCGGGGCGGCCUCUGACGUGUCGGGGAGGAGCCGGGCGCCGAGGUGCGCGGAGUGGAGCUCUGGGCUGCGGAGGGGAGCGGAGCUGAGCGGCUGGGCGGGCCUGGCCAGGCCAGCGGAGCGGAGACGUCGGUCGAGCGGCGGCGAACAUGCGCUUUUGACACAUUGGAGGCUUUCUUGAUCAUGGAUGGUGAAGAUAUACCAAAUUUUUCAAGUUUAAAGGAGGAAACCGCUUAUUGGAAGGAACUUUCCUUGAAGUAUAAACAAAGCUUCCAGGAAGCUCGGGAUGAGCUAGUUGAAUUCCAGGAGGGAAGCCGAGAAUUAGAAGCAGAGCUGGAGGCACAGUUAGUACAGGCUGAACAGAGGAACAGAGACUUGCAGGCCGAUAACCAGAGACUGAAGUAUGAAGUCGAAGCACUGAAGGAGAAACUAGAACAUCAGUAUGCACAGAGCUACAAGCAGGUGUCGGUAUUAGAAGAUGAUUUAAGUCAGACUCGGGCCAUUAAGGAGCAGUUGCAUAAGUAUGUGAGAGAGCUGGAGCAGGCCAACGAUGAUCUGGAGCGAGCAAAGAGAGCAACAAUAGUGUCACUGGAAGACUUUGAACAAAGGCUAAAUCAGGCCAUUGAACGAAAUGCAUUUUUAGAAAGUGAACUUGAUGAAAAGGAAUCUUUGUUAGUCUCUGUACAGCGGUUAAAGGAUGAAGCCAGAGAUUUAAGACAAGAACUGGCAGUCCGGGAGAGACAGCAGGAAGUCACCAGGAAGUCGGCGCCCAGCUCUCCGACCCUGGACUGUGAAAAGAUGGACUCUGCCGUGCAGGCGUCGCUUUCUUUGCCAGCUACUCCCGUUGGCAAAGGGACGGAAAACAGCUUUCCUUCACCCAAAGCUAUACCAAACGGUUUUGGUACCAGUCCACUAACUCCUUCCGCUAGGAUAUCAGCACUAAACAUCGUGGGGGAUCUCUUACGGAAAGUAGGGGCUUUAGAAUCCAAAUUAGCGGCUUGCAGGAAUUUUGCAAAGGACCAGGCAUCACGAAAAUCCUAUCUUUCAGGGAAUGUUAACUGUGGGCUGAUGAACAGCGACAGCACAAAGUUCCCUCGAUCAGGACACACGUCUUUCUUUGACAAAGGGCAAGAAAAAGUCAUAUUUCCCACGUUGUUCAUGGGGCAGUAAACGGCUUUGACCCAGCGCCUCCUCCUCCUGGUCUGGGCUCCUCGCGCCCGUCGUCAGCACCGGGUAUGCUGCCUCUCAGUGUGUGAGUGCCCGGCCUCCGGGUGGGGGCGCCUGCCCUCCUCCAACAGCCCAGGACACCCACGCCUCGUCCCUCGGUGCCUGGGCCCAGCCUGGGCCCCUGCGUCUGCCUCCCCACGGCUGGCAGAGGGCAGGCUGCAUGCGGCGGCGGCUGCUGGGCCCUGCCUGGCCCCAGGACUCUGCGCGAUAUCAAUACUGGCUGUUUUCUCUUCUCGCCGUGGUGCCGUUGGUCUCACAUGAUUGCACUUUUGUGGGUCACAAGGUGGCACGUCCGUGUACUCCUUGGUCACUGGAUGCAGAAGUACCCAUCAUCAUCACGCCUGCCCCAUAGCUCCCACCCAGCUGUACGGAUAGGGUUUAGUUGUGUUUAAGACAUUGCCGACCUUCUAGAAGGUCUCCCCCAGAUCAGGUCAACACGUGCCCCUGCCCCCCCCCCCCCCCCCCCAGCUCCCACCAGCUCCCGCCCACGCUUCUUCAGCGCUCAUGAUCGCGUGUUCUCCAGCUCCACUCCCCACCGUGUGACCUGCUGCUGGUCGGGGGUCGGGAAGGUCACUGAAUUAGGGAACAUUUUCUGCACCUUCUGAUUUUACUUUAGUGGUUAUCAUUCCAUAGACUUGCCUCCCAGAGCAGCGAAAUGCGCGUCUGGACCCCAGCUAGCAGGAGCCUCUGGGGCCGGGGCACCAUCUGCUCCUCAUCCGUGUGCCUCAGACUCGGGGUGAGGGGCGGGGGCAGCCUCCUUGCCAGCUCUCUGGUCCUUCAGUUAAGCGACAUCUUUCAGGGCGUUUUGUUUUGUCCUCUGAGGGCCUGUCCACUUGUGUUAGGAAGCGUCGAGCGGCCCCAUUCAGGGGGCUUCUGGUGGGCAGACUGGCCGUAAGUGGUUGCUCCCGAUCAUCUUGAUUACUCUCAUGCUGCAUUUACUGUUUACAUUUGUUUUAUUGUACAUAGGUUUGUAAACAUUAUCGCCUAAGAUAUUUGUAUAUAACUUGGGCUUUGUAGCUUUUAUUUAUUCAGAACUCACACGGCAUGUUAAUGACUUACGAUGGUGUCCUACUCUGGGCAGCUGCAUAGGAUCAUCAUGUGGUUAAAAGAAAAUACUUGCCCUCAAAAAAAUCUUUUAAUGUGGAAACAAUAAAUUUCACAGAAAAAACCAAAACAAAA